AUGGAAGAAAAUGCUAAACAAUCCCAAAAUUUGGAACGUAAUACCACAUCUAAUGUCAUCUCAAACACGAAUCAAGAACUUGGUGUCACACGAAAAGGCACAUACAUGUUUGACACAGUGACAGGUCUCAGUGUUUGGUUGACAAAAGGAGAUAUAACCAGUCAGCAAGAUGACAUUCUUCUCAGCCCUAUUGACCCUUCACUUUCAUUAAAAAGUGAUUUUUUAAAAUGGAUAUUUAGGAAAGGAGGCGAAGCAAUCAAACAAGAAUACCUACAUAAGAAAGAAUCCCAUGCUCAUCCACACGAUCCAGUCAUCACGGGUGGUGGUAACCUGCCCUGCCGAGCAAUUGUGUUUGCCGUACUUCCACUGUGGAAUAACGAAGUGCAGGACAAAAAGAAACGAAAGCAACAGAUACAUAGACGCCUAAAGGAAGCUAUAAUACUUGCUUCAGGAUGCGGGCACAAGUCAAUGGUACUUCCUCUGUUACGACAAGACGGAAAUGACAUCCAGGAUUCAGCAGAAACUAUCGUUCGCGUUAUUGCAUCGUUCGGAAAGAAUAUUGGUCCAAUUCACAGUGGCAUUAAUGAAUUCCGUAUAGUUUGCAAGGAUGAGGCAUCUCUCGCUGUAGUUCUUAACGAAUUCUCUUCAUUUUCGUUUCACGCCGGACAGCUAUUCUUUGUGAAUCGUUCGUCGAGCAUUAAUAAUCUUGUCCAAGCAGAGGAAACUGAUGUUAAUUUAGCGUCCCAGAAUUCUCAACAAAACAAACCUGAAAUGCAUGAUCUGUCCUCAGAGAAAGUAAGUUCUAUGGAUCCAGACAAGGAGGCGUCGUCACGAAAUGAAAUUUCCACUAACAAAACCACUGUGGAUCACAUAGACGAGUCCCAAGCUCCUUCUAAAUCUUCAGAAGUGACAGUCGGAAAGGAGAAAGGUCCCCCUUUACCAUCCAUCUCUCCUUCCUGUCAAGUUGAAAGCGCUUCACAUCAGAACCAUAUCGACUGGGAUACUAAGCAUGAAGCUGAAGAGGACGGUAGCCCAAUUGACGUGAAGCAUGGUAAAGAACUGACGAUUGGCAAUGUGCCAAGUAGCUGUGGAAGGUACACCACAUCGCAUGUAGCCUCAAAUGUUAAUCACCAACGUGUCAUUACAGACACAGGCUUUCGAAAGUUUGAUACAGUAACAGGUCUCAAAGUUGUUUUGGUCAAAGGAGAUAUAACUAGUCAGAAAAUUGAUGUUCUCGUCAGCCCUAUUGACUCUUUAUUUUCUUUCAAAAGUGAUCUUUUGAAACGGAUUCUUGAGGAAGGUGGGGAAGCGAUCAAGCACGAAUAUCUAAGCAUUAAAGAAACUAAUGCCUCUUCACAAGAUCCUGUCAUCAUUGGUGGUGGUGAUUUGCCUUGCCGAGCUCUCCUGUUUGCCGUUCUUCCGCAGUGGAAUAACGAAAUUGAGGACAAACAGAAAUGCAAAAAACAGAUACAUAGAAGCCUAAAGGAUGCUAUAACGCUUGCUUCAGGAUACAGGCACAAGUCCGUUGCUCUUCCUCUAUUAGGACAAGACUAUAAUGACAUCCCAGUCGAAGUUUCUGCAGAAGUGAUAGUCCGCGUCAUUGCAUCGUUUGGAAAAAACCUUGGUCCAAUGCACAGUGGUAUUAAUGAAUUCCGUAUAGUUUGCGAGGAUGAGGCAUAUUUGGCAGCAGUUUUUAACCAGAUCUCUUCAUUUUCAUUUCCCUCCGGACAGCCAUUUUUCGUGAGCCGUUCGUCAAACAGUACUAACCUAGCACAUGCGGAGGAAACUGCACGAAACGAGGCUUCAAUAGACAAAGUUUCCGCAACAAAAGUAAUUUCUGUAAAUCAGGACCAGGAGGCGCCAAGAAUAACUGAGUUUUCUCCUAAGGAAAACACCGUUGAUCAGGUAGAUGAGGUCCAUGUAGUUUCAGAAGUCUCCGCCUCUAAGUCUUCAGAAGUGACAGGUGAAAAAGAGGCAGUUCCGUCUGGUUAUCCUUCGUCAUUUAUCCAUUCUUCCCUUCAAUGUCACAGCACUUCACAUCAGAACCACGAAUCUAAUGAGGAUAGAGCCCCAAACGAUGAGAAACAAGUUAAUGAGAUGACGAUUUGUCAUGUUCCAAGUAGCUCUGUUGAUUGCGUCGAGAUCUCCGUGACACGAGCAUCUGAGAUACCGCAAGUGACUUCUGUUACUCAAAGUGUACAAGAGAAAAUCAAAAGCAUUACUCUUCAGGAUCAGCCACACCUAGAUUUUGUCGCAGACCACACCCCAAAUUUGAGGGAAGAGGAAAUGAGUACAGGAAUUAGUAAGAUCGAGGAGAUAACCGUGGGUACUACAGUAACCCAGGAAGUGACAAUGGUUGAUCGAGAUCCUCAACUCAAGAGUUCUCGGCCGUGGAAAAAUCAAGGUGAAAGGACUCAAGAGACCGAAAACAAUCGCAGCCUCAGCUCCACCAAAUUUAAAGACGCUAAUAUUACAGACACGAAGAUUCAAGCACUGGAUGAAAACUCACAGGAAGAGUCUGCAAGUAGCUUCCAUAUUCAACCAAAAGUCACAAAAAAGAGCACGGUCCUUUAUAAGAAAGUCAAUCAAACUGAAGUGGGCAACAACUCGGAAGAGAAGAAUCGUCCCAAGAAAGGGAAAACGGUAUAUCCUCCAUCGCGACCAAUUCCUGGAAUAGGAGAUAAAGAAUUGAAAGAAAAAGGAGAUCUAGUUUGGAAAGACGAAUGCGUUGAAAGAAAGAAGGGCGACCAAAAGCUGAAUGGUGAAGUUCCUGACAGGGAGUUAAAUGGUAAUAUAUCUAAAGAUAACACUAUUUUUUAAUAUGUAACAAUAUUUAUUCAGCACUUUCGUCUUCUAACACAGUCUUAUCAAGUAGUGGCGUUAUUUGUUGAAUGCACCAUAUCUUAAAUAAUUACAGCAACUUAAGUACUUUACAGCUUACUUUUCAGUAACAUUGGUUCUCAGUAUUGUAUUUUACACCUUUGUCAUUUCAGAGCGACAAGUUCCGAUUCUUUGUGCCCUUUGCCACGACUCAGUCGACCACCCAGAACUUACAGAUCCAAACACUUGCAUGAAGCACAAGUUUUGCGACGAUUGUAUCAUCAAGGCUUUCACUUUCAGUAACAUUUGUCCUGCCUGCUUGGAUACAGUUGGCUUAAUUACUAGCAAAAAACAGAAGGUUAGCCAAAACCAAGGUAUGUUUUCCCCCAGUUUUCGGAUAGCCCAUCUCUCUCGUCGCCGUGCCGGCUUUUACGUUCUCCUGAGAAGGCCAGCAGGACAUUCUCUCAAAAGAACAGAUUGAACCCGAAAAACGAGUACCGACGUUCAAAUGUUCUUUUUUUUAAAGCUUAAUUGUGCGUUAUCAAGAGAGAGCUAGCUCAUUCCUCUUGGCGUUAUAUGAUAUUAGCUACAGUGAGAAUGAAUUUGGCGACUUUUAUGUCGAUGUGUUCGCAAGUUGCUGAUAGCCCCAUAGCUUUGUAAAUCUACCCAUCCUAGAAAAUUUGGUAAUCACGUGACCGUACACCGAGCGACCGAGCGAUCGUCCGUCCGCACCACAGGCAUUUCAAUGUGAAAUAACUCAAUCAACAGGUAUGGCAACCCAAAUGCAACUCGAGGUUAUUUUGGCAGGAAAUCGCAUAGCCAUCAGCGUCUUGUAAAGCAGAGACAACUUAAGAGUCAAUAACGACGAAAACGGAAAGCGGAGAUUGUUUCUGUUUCCGUGGUGUGUAAAGUAUUAAGCUUAAUAGAUCAAUUGUCAUGUCCACAAAUUUGGAAUAUAGAGCUGAAAGACAGCGAAGCUCAACGAGAAAAAAAAACAAAGGAGAUAUUUUUUUGUUGGAAGAACAACAUGAAAACUUUGUAGCAGCGGUGACAAAAUGAGAAAUGCUAGCGGCACCAAUGCAAGGUGAAAAUGAGCGGCAGUGAAAAAAAAAGUGAACGAGAACAUGUACGACAUUUCCCCCAAAAAACGUGUAACACAAAAGGUUCGGGAAGUUUCACAUUGUAGUCGUGCAAAACAACGGCAAAGAAAUGUACAAAAAAAGUGUCCUGAACGUGCAAAGUUUCUUUUUUGCUAAUUAGAUCAAUUGCUGUUUUUCACCGUUCUCCGGCGUUGUCUUCGCCGCAUAGCAUUACACUAUUCUAUAUUUUUUUUUGGACAAACUUUAAAUAUUACCGAGAGCUUCACUUGUAGUCCUGGCUAAAUUCUUAUAGCUUUCUAUAAAGGAGUCGCCAUUGAUGUGGUCUCCAAAGUUGCACUCGGUAUAUAUACUAUAUAUAUAUAUAUACUGUAUAUAUAUUUAUACUCCUGUAUUUUAUUAUUUUCAAUCUUCAGAUCUGGCUCAUUCAUCGAUUGAAGGUUCAAGUUACCAUCUCAACAAAGUUGAUAAGCGCUACUGGACAGGAACCCCAAACUCCUUUCCAGCAAAUCAACCCCCGGGAGAAAUUAUUUGGAAAAAAUACAAAACCAGUCUUCCUGGAUUUGAAGGGCAUGACACCAUUGCCGUAAAGUUCACUUUCUACGAUGGUGUCCAAGGUUUGGAUCAUCCCAAUCCCGGGAUGCCUUUCAAGGGGACACAAUGUAUAGCUUACCUACCAGAAACAUCGGAGGGAAAGGAAGUUCUGAAACUGCUACGCAAAGCCUUUGCUGCCUGCCUUCUCUUUCCUAUCUCUUGUUCGUCCCCAGAAGGAAUUGGAAAUGUUUCAGUAAAUGAUAUUGAGCUUAAGACGUCAUUGGAGAGACAUUCAAGGUAAUCAAUCUUCGUCCACGGCAAACAGUAAUAGUGAAAUAAAAACUGAGCUUAAAAAGCUUAUGUACCAGAAAAGAUCUUUUAACCUUGUGUGUUUUGUUUUCUCAAUUCAGACCACGUGAUAUUCCCCAGGGAAUUUGCCUUUUCUAUUUUCAUAAAUUACGGAUACAAACACACGUGAAUGCACUUGUAUAGGACGACAACUGAAAGAAACUGUUCUCCGGGGAAUUUCUAUGGGGUACUACAUGAUCUAAAAUGGGAAAACAAAACUUACAAGCUAGAAAGGUCUAUUACAGAUGUUUUUAUAUAGAAAAGGAAGCCGUGAGUAUGAAAUACGUUGUCGCAGCAGAAAAUGCUAUCUUAAUUAAUUUUUUAUGUACGCAGGCUGGGGAUGUCGCACUAUUGAUUGGUCUAGCUUUCUUCCUAGCUUAUUUGAAAGGCGUUCUUUGUCCGCCGGUUUAAUAUAAAUACUGCCUAAAAUACUUCAAGGGCACCGAUGCCUUGUUGUUUUGCCUUAAAAUGGUGACCAAAAUAUGUUAUAGAUUUUCCCCCAUAUUUAAAAUGUUUCGUUCUUUUACCAGCUUUGAGUGCAAAUAAAAGCACGCAAACGGAAAAUAGGACGAAUGGCUUUUAAGCUUAAGAAAACUGGAAAAAAUGCAUGCAGAGAAUGGUAAUAAGCACUGACUGUCAAUUGGUAAUUAAACCGGGUUAAUUUCAUUUAUUCUUGUAAUUGUUCCAAUCUUUAACUUGAGAUCUCUAUAUAUGUUUUGUUACACUUCCCAUUGUAGGAAUAGCUACCCAGAUGAUGGCUAUUUGACAAGAGUGCGGAAUCAGUUGGCUGCAAAAGGAUUUCAUUAGACAUGUCUGUGUCCAAAUAACUGGGAAAACUUGUCCACGAUAGUAUUCUUUGAAAGGGUGCAACGAAGUGUUCUGGAGUUGCAAAAUGUUAAAGUUGAAAUAAUUAUAGUUACCUUUAAUUGCCAAAUAGGCUUUGAUGGAUUGUGCUCGCGAAAGCAGCAAAAUAUGCUCCUAGCAAUAUUCAUAUAUUUUCUAAAAUUAUGCUAAUUUUUGUAAAAUAUACUCAUUUUAACUAAAAAUGCCAAAAUUAUGUUUCUACUUUUUUUUACUUUAAAUGUCAGUGGCAAAACACCUCAAUAACUAUGGAGUAAGAACUAAAUGGCAAACACAUUUAACUUAUUUACAUCUAGAAACAUUAAGAGUGCAUAUUAAUUCACUGUCUGACAUUAAUAGAAACUCAAAGAAUUAACUUGAGCUCGCGCACGCCAUCUUGAGUAACCGUGGUUACAUGUAUGGCAUGCGUUGAUUCCUCUGGGAAGAGACUUGGACAACUUCCUGAGACAGUGGCAAUAUAAAAUCCCAUGAAUGUCACAAUAAGCAGUAAGCAGUCAAAGAAUUGAUUUUGUUACCAAAACUUCGGCUGAGGAAAAGUUAGAAACUGCAUGAAGUAUAC